GGAGACUGAUACUGAGUGGAUCAGCAAAGUAAAUAGGUCACGAGACGUGAGGGAAAAAUACUGCAAACGAUCUUCAUCGAAACAACGGAUUUUAGCUUGUCAACCUAUCCGCACAUCUCAUCGAGCGAGAGCAAAUGAUUUUGAUCGGUUGGCCUGCUCGAAUGAAGUAUUCAAGUGCAGGCCCGGGUUGAUAUGAAAAGUGAUCGCCUUUUUCACUGCGACUUAUAAACAUACACCAGAAUGAAAAGAGGACAGAGAGGAGAUGAGCAGGAGGGCGGAGGGUCCAGCUCCUCCGAGCCAAGAAAGAGGCUCCGCCCUCAGAAUUUGGAGGAGCAGGAGCGUGAGGAGAACGCCCUGGACUGGGGUCGUCUGCCUCAGGAGAUCCUCCUGCAGGUCUUCCAGUAUCUACCGCUGCUGGACAGGGCUUUCGCUUCGCAGGUGUGCCGCGGUUGGAACCAAGCCUUCCACAUGCCAGAACUGUGGAGAUGCUUUGAGUUUGAGCUCACUCAGCCGGCCAGUUCGUACCUGAAAGCCACGCACCCUGACCUCAUCAAACAGAUCAUCAAAAGGCACUCCAACCAUCUCCAGUAUGUCAGCUUUAAGGUGGACAGUAGCACAGAAUCUGCAGAGGCGGCAUGCGAUAUCCUGUCUCAGCUGGUAAACUGUUCUCUAAAAACCCUGGGGCUCAUCUCCACUGCGCGGCCAAGCUUUAUGGAACUGCCGAAGUCUCACUUCAUCUCCGCCCUGACAGUGGUGUUUGUCAACUCUAAGUCUCUGUCCUCCCUGAAAAUCGACGACACGCCCGUGGAUGACCCGUCACUCAAAGUGCUGGUGGCCAAUAACAGCGACACUUUAAAACUGCUAAAAAUGAGCAGCUGCCCCCAUGUCUCUCCUGCAGGUAUCCUCUGUGUGGCGGACCAGUGUCAUGGCCUGCGAGAGCUGGCUCUAAACUACCACCUGCUAAGCGACGAACUCCUUCUGGCGCUGUCCUCCGAACGCCACGUGCACCUGGAGCACCUCCGGAUCGACGUGGUGAGCGAGAACCCCGGCCAGCUGUUUCACACCAUCAAGAAGAGCAGCUGGGACGCUUUGGUGCGCCAUUCGCCCAAGUUUAACCUGGUCAUGUACUUCUUCCUGUACGAGGACGAGUUCGGGCCUUUCUUCCAGUACGAGGUACCCGUCACCCACCUCUACUUCGGCAGGUCUGUCAGCAAGGAAGUCCUGGGUCGCGUCGGCCUGACCUGCCCGCGAUUGGUGGAGCUGGUCGUCUGCGCCAACGGCCUGCGCCCGUUGGACGAGGAGCUGAUCCGCAUCGCCGAACGAUGCCAGCAGCUGUCGGCCAUCGGCCUGGGGGAGUGCGAGGUGUCGUGCAGCGCCUUCGUGGAGUUCGUAAAGAUGUGCGGCCGGCGUCUCUCUCAGCUGUCAAUCAUGGAGGAGGUACUGGUUCCCGACCACAAGUACGGCUUGGACGAGAUCCACUGGGAGGUGUCCAAGCACCUUGGUCGCGUCUGGUUCCCAGACAUGAUGCCCACCUGGUAGAGGAGGGAGAAAAAAAAAAAAUAGGCCUAGGUGGCUGACUCCACCCACAAUCAGACCACACCCCUAAGUUGAAUUCUGUAUCGAUAUGCCAAUCACUACAGAGACCCAAAGUCCAUGUUUCACAUACCUGGCCCUGUAGGAGAUGUCAAUCAAAUUAAAACGUGCAUUUUUUUUUUCUUUUCUGUUCCUCACCAUCGUCUCAAGGAGUUUUGAUGCUUCUUUGUGCUUGGUUUGGCUCAGCUGUUCCUUGCUUGUCUUCUUGAAGACAUUUCCUAACAUCAGUAUGUACAUAUGUGUGUAUAAUAGAUACUGAUAUUUCAGUAUCUCUACACAUAAAUACAUUUAAUUAUUUUUUUUUUAAAAGUUCGCUUUCGGAGCUUUUUUAUCAUUGCAGUUUUGUUUAAUUUGGGAUGGAUUUAAUGAGACUUUAAUGGGUUUACUUCAAGUGAAGGUCACAGAGGCAGCUUGGACUAUGUAUUUACACAAAGAGGAUUCUUUUAAAUGGCUUACGUUUUUAGGGUUCGUGGGAACUGGAUAAUUAGGCUGGGAAACUAGUCGAGAUUUGUCAAAACUGUUUGAGAAAAGUGUUCUUAAGACAAAGAGAAGUAAAAAAAAAAAAAAAUAAUUAAGGGCAUAAUUCACAGACCUUUUUCGGGUAAUGAAAAGCAUGCAUGGAUUUGGGUACUUGGGCCCUUCAGUUGUAAUCGAAGCACCUUUAUUUUUCUGAACCAAAUGAAGUAUCACAAGACUUUUGUUCAAUAAGGGUUGAUAAAAGUAAAUAACUAUUAUGGAACAAUUAGUGUUGCUAAGACAUUUGGGAGAAGUAACAAUUUGGUCAUGUUUUUUUAAGAUGGAAGUGAAUGUAUUUUAAGAGGAACUAAAAAAGAAAGAUGUGAAUAUAGCAAUAAUUUUUCAUCAGUAACCGGGAAAUUCAUGCUGUGAGGCUUUUAGAUAAACAAAUUAGGUUUAAUCAAAUUCUGUUUCUGGCUUUUCUGAAACGAUCAACGCUUGUAAAUACCGCAACUAUUCACGUAGCUGUUCGUGUAAUAGACGUAGGUUUACCCCUUUUUUUGCUUAACAAAAGAAAGGCAUAUUGUGACGAGACAGUAUGUAGCUCUAGAUGGAUCUCCUAGCUGGCUUUAGGGUAUGGUUUUGGAGAUGUUGGUUCACUCAGACGCCCAGUCGUCCUUUAGAUGGCUAGUGCUUUAAUAAUAUGUAAAUAUCUGUCAUGAAAAAAAUGUUUGAAUGAUGAGCUGAAGUCUAAAAUUACGAAAAGGCAUCACACUAAUCUUCUAGCAAGUUCCAAAUCUGUACUCACUUUCCAGUUUUGAUAAACACACACACAUACGCAAUUCAUGAAAAAUUCCACAUUGUUUUCUACAACCCAGAUGACAACAGCCUAACGACAGUGACCUAUCUAGUGUUUAUAGCUCUAUGCUUGCUUGUAACCCUUCUCCUGCCUGAAACUACCUGUAUACCAGUAUCAUAAAUGUAUAUUACUGAAGGAUAUUUGGGAAUAUGUAAUAUUGGACUUUAAAGAAGGAACCAC